CGAACUGCACUGGAGCAAACAGCUGCUCCUCAGCUCUCUGAGCAAAGGACUUCCGCUUCCGGGUGCUGACAUACUUCCGGCUUGCCGUUGCUAUAGGAACCGCUCCGGCGUCGCGGAACUACCGGGGCCAUGUCCACUGUGGUAGCUCAGUCGCUGCAUGUUUUUGGUCUUCGAUCCCACGUGUCCAACAAUGUCUUCUUCUUCGAUGAACAGAUCAUUAUAUUUCCUUCAGGAAAUCACUGUGUGAAGUACAAUGUGGAUCAGAAAUGGCAAAAAUUCAUUCCAGGCUCAGACAAGAGUCAGGGCAUGUUGGCCUUGGCUAUCAGUCCCAAUCGGCGCUACCUCGCUGUCUCGGAGACUGUGCAAGAUAAACCCAUCAUCACCAUUUAUGAACUGUCAGCCAUCCCCUGCCGGAAGCGCAAAAUCCUUAAUAAUUUUGACUUCCCAGUUCAGAAGUUUAUUUGCAUGGCUUUUUCUCCAGACUCCAAAUACCUCUUGACUCAGACUUCACCUCCAGAAUCAAACCUUGUCUAUUGGCUGUGGGAAAAACAGAAAGUCAUGGCCAUUGUUAGAAUCGACACUCAGAACAAUGCUGUCUUCCAGGUGAGCUUCAAUCCCCAGGAUAACACUCAGAUUUGUAUCACUGGAAAUGGGAUGUUUAAGCUUCUCCGUUUUGCUGAGGGAACCCUGAAGCAAACUAAUUUUCAGAGGGGAGAACCCCAAAACUAUCUUGCCCACACCUGGGUGUCCGAUGACAAGAUUAUUGCUGGCACUGAUACAGGCAGACUCUUCCUCUUUGAAUCUGGAGAUCAACGCUGGGAGACAAGUAUUGUGGUCAAGGAGCCCACCAGCGAGACAAAGAACCUGGGGGUGAUCCAGGAAUCAGAGAGCCUGAUCGAAUUUCCAGCAGUCACUUCCCCAGUCCCUUCCUACGAGCAGGUCACGAUGACCAGCAGCCACAGCCAGCUGUCGCUGCCCCAGGUGUUGGCCAUCGCAGCCUAUUCCAAGGGAUUUGCCUGUUCUGCUGGGCCAGGGAGAGUUCUGCUGUUUGAGAAGAUGGAAGACAAGGAGUUUUACCGUGAGAGCAGGGAGAUCCGGAUUCCUGUGGAUCCACAGAGCAAUGACCCAAGUCAGUCAGACAAACAGGACGUGCUCUGCAUGUGCUUCAGCCCCUCUGAGGAGACGCUGAUCGCCAGCACCAGCAAGAACCAGCUCUACAGCAUCACCAUGUCCCUGACGGAGAUCAGCAAGGGGGAGCCUGCCCACUUUGAGUAUCUGAUGUACCCGUUACACUCGGCAUCCAUCACUGGUCUAGAUACUUGCAUCCGCAAACCCCUCAUUGCCACCUGCUCUGUGGAUCGGUCCGUCCGCAUCUGGAAUUACGAAUCAAAUUCUUUGGAACUAUUUAAGGAAUACCAAGAAGAAGCUUAUACAAUCAGCCUUCACCCAUCUGGACACUACAUUGUAGUAGGGUUUGCUGACAAACUGCGCAUUAUGAACCUACUUAUUGAUGAUAUACGUUCUUUCAAGGAAUACUCUGUCAGAGGGUGCAAAGAGUGUUCCUUUAGCAAUGGAGGUCACCUGUUUGCUGCAGUCAAUGGGAACGUGAUUCACAUUUUUUCCACCACAAGCCUAGAGAAUAUCUCAAACCUGAAGGGACACACAGGGAAGAUUCGUUCAGUUGCGUGGAAUACUGACGACAGCAAGCUGAUUUCCUGCGGCACAGACGGUGCUGUGUACGAAUGGAGUCUGUCCACAGGAAAGAGAGAGACCGAGUGCGUGCUCAAGUCCUGCAGCUACAACUGCGCCACCAUCUCCCCUGACGGCAAAAUCAUCUUUGCUGUUGGGUCAGACCAGACUCUCAAGGAGAUUGCAGAUUCCUCAGUAAUUCGAGAGAUGUCAGCAUUUGAUGUCACCUACACGGCCGUCGUCAUCUCCCACUCCGGGCGCAUGAUGUUUGUGGGCACCUCGGUGGGGACCAUCCGUGCGAUGAAGUAUCCGCUCCCUCUACAGAAAGAAUUCAAUGAGUACCAGGCCCACGCAGGUCCUGUCACCAAGAUGUCGCUCACCUUUGAUGACCAGUUCCUGCUGAGCGUUGCCGAGGAUGGCUGCCUGUUCACCUGGAAGGUCUUUGAUAAGGAUGGUCGGGGAAUCAAGCGAGAGAGGGAGGUGGGCUUUGCUGAAGAGGUGCUCGUUACCAAGACAGACAUGGAAGAGAAGGCUCAGGUUAUGUUGGAGCUGAAGACUCGUGUGGAAGAAUUAAAAAUGGAGAAUGAGUAUCAGCUUCGACUAAAGGAUAUGAACUAUUCUGAGAAGAUUAAGGAGCUAACAGACAAGUUCCUCCAGGAAAUGGAGUCCUUGAAAACAAAAAACCAGGUUUUAAAAACGGAAAAAGAAAAGCAGGAUGUACUCCAUCGCGAACGCAUGGAUGACCUCCUGGACAAACAGAGCCGGGAACUGCAGGACCUAGAAUGUUGCAACAACCAAAAGUUGCUUCUGGAAUAUGAGAAGUACCAGGAGUUGCAGCUCAAGUCCCAGAGGAUGCAGGAGGAGUACGAGAAGCAGCUUCGGGAUAACGAUGAGACCAAGAGCCAGGCCCUGGAGGAGCUGACUGAGUUUUACGAGGCCAAACUGCAGGAGAAAACCACCCUCCUGGAAGAGGCACAGGAGGAUGUCAGGCAGCAGCUGCGGGAGUUUGAAGAGACCAAGAAGCAGAUUGAAGAAGAUGAAGACCGUGAGAUCCAAGACAUCAAGACUAAAUAUGAGAAGAAGCUUCGGGAUGAAAAGGAAUCAAACCUGAGACUCAAAGGAGAAACAGGCAUCAUGAGGAAGAAGUUCAGCAGCCUGCAGAAGGAGAUUGAAGAGCGAACCAACGACAUUGAGCUCCUGAAGGGGGAGCAGGUGAAGCUGCAAGGGGUCAUCAAGUCCCUGGAGAAGGACAUCAUGGGCCUCAAGAGGGAGAUCCAGGAGAGAGACGAGACAAUUCAAGAUAAGGAGAAGCGAAUCUAUGAUCUGAAAAAGAAAAAUCAGGAACUAGAGAAAUUCAAGUUUGUGCUCGACUACAAGAUAAAGGAGCUGAAGAAGCAAAUAGAACCUCGAGAGAAUGAGAUCAAGGUGAUGAAGGAACAGAUUCAAGAGAUGGAAGCUGAACUGGAGCGUUUCCAUAAACAGAACACACAACUAGAGCUGAACAUCACAGAACUGUGGCAGAAAUUAAGAGCCACUGAUCAGGAGAUGCGCAGAGAGAGACAGAAGGAGCGGGACUUGGAGGCGCUGGUCAAACGGUUCAAGACGGACCUCCACAACUGCGUGGCCUACAUCCAGGAACCGCGGCAGCUGAAGGAGAAGGUCCGCGCUCUCUUUGAGAAGUACGUGCAGCGGGCAGAUAUGGUGGAGAUCGCAGGGCUGAACUCAGACCUGCAGCAGGAGUACACCCGUCAGCGGGAACACCUAGAGAGGAACCUGGCCACUCUCAAGAAGAAGGUGGUCAAGGAGAGUGAGCUGCACCGCACAGAUUACGUCCGCAUCAUGCAGGAAAAUGUCUCCCUGAUCAAGGAGAUUAAUGAGCUCCGCAGAGAGCUGAAGUUCACCCGCUCCCAAGUCUAUGACCUUGAAGCAGCUCUGAAACUGACCAAGAAAAUUCGACCAGAGGUUUCAGAGACAGUGUCCAGCGAGGACUUGCCCAGUGUCCCUCCCACCAUGAGGUUGAAUGUGCAGGAAGAAACUGGGAGAAUCAUCGAGAUGCAGCGCCUGGAGAUCCAGCGCCUGAGAGACCAGAUCCAAGAGCAAGAGCAGGUCCCUGGCUUCCACCCCCUGGCCGGGAUGCAGCUGCCGUCCCUCAGUGGAGAAGCAGAUUUAAAGGCCCAGACCAAGUGACACCCUCUGGUGAGACAUCUCCAGCCUCUCCAGAAGGUGCACCAUGCGCCUUUCCUGGACUGACUCUGGGCUGCAACCCAGACCACACAAGCCUCUCCCCCAGGCCCUGGGGAAUCUGGGACACAGGCAGAAUAAAGGUGUUAGCCCACAACCACGUCCAACUCUCAGCUUAGCCACAGAGCCGGGGAGGGGGGAAGGGAAAGAGGGACCUGAGGCCCAGGGGGCUUCUGCUCACCCAAAGCCGCCGCUGCCAACCCCUGUCCAGGCACCUGGCUGCCCGCCCCUGCAGAGAUCCCAUGCCCCUCCCCACACCGGGCCUCAAGGGCAGAGCUAUCUGUUAACUUCUGACCUGCCUUUUCCUCUGCCAGAUGCAUCAGGGUCAGACAAACCUUCCUAUGUUUUCUUCUCACUUACGAAACUUAGUGAGGUUUUCUGAGGAUUUUCACAUCUGUGUGAAAGAGUAGCAUCAGGAGCACGGCGCCGUUGGUAGCGUUCCCCGACGUCUUCCAUCACCUGCGGACCCCGGUGGUAGGACCAUACGCAGAGCUCUGCCCUUCCUUCUCUUACCCCCCCUCACUCUCUGCACUUGUCAUCCUCAGUCUGCAGGGCCCUGCCCCACUCCUUCAUUUCUGGGGGGUGCCUUUUCCCCAUGAGCCUAUACGGGCUGGUCCAGCCACACACACCAGGAAAGAUGGGUUUUUGUGCACUAAGAACCCAUAUGUCUUCUCCCACCUGGAGAAGACAUCCUUCUAAUACCCAAAUAACAAAUAUUAAGCCCCCAGUCUCUGCUGCACCACUGGUUGUCUUAAAUCUGGCAUCUCCAAGGCAUCUCCCCAUCUUUCCCAAUCUGCUUUACCCCAACUCUGGGCACUGCUCUUGAGUUAGUUUCCUAAGUAAGAGCUGAGACAGAGCUGUGAAGCUUGCCGAGGCUCUCCCAAAGGUUGAGAACAACAAAAGGAGAUGCAGAGCAGAGGCCCCGAAGCAAAGUCUACAUAGAUCUCUCUCUCUCCUGAGCGACUCCCCACCCCCACCCCCAGCCCACACCGUUUUGCAGGGGCCAGCUUAUUCCCUCCAGACCAGGGUUCACCCAGCAAUGUCCCCUGCCCACAGGGAGACUGGGCCCAGAACAUUAUCAUGCCGAGUAGACGGGCUCUUCUGGGAACUCAGACUUCUCCAUCCCAAACUAGCUUUACCCUCUUCCAAAGAAACUGACUCGGAAUGAGGUUGGGGAGGUCAGUAGGGCCAGAUGGUGGGGAUCAUGAAGGCACCUUACAGGUCGGGGACCAUCCAGAGGCCACCGCUGAGCCACUGAGAGUCACUCCCCACUGCUUCCCAAGCUUUGCCAAAUAGGCCUCCUUUCAGUCCCUGCCAAAUUCUUUCUUGCUCCUGGGUCUUUCCACAUACUGUUUGCCCUGCCUGAUAUCCUGCCACCUCCACCCCUCGUUCAGUGAGCCUCUCCUCAUCUAUCAGGUCAUAGCUGAAAUGUCACCACCUGAGAAAGACCUUCCCUGAUCCAUUCCUCCCCCGCUCCAUCAACUUCCCUCCUAGUGAAAGUGAGAAAAGUGUUAGUUGCUCAGUUGUGUCCUCUUCCAGCGUGCCCUCUUUGUGAUCCCGUGGACUGUAGCCCACCAGGCUCCUCUGUCCAUGGGAUUCUUCAGGCAAGAAUACUGCAGUGUGUUGCCAUGCCCUCCUCCAGGGGAUCCUCCUGACCCAGGGAUCCAACCCCAGUCUCUUGCAUUGCAGACAGACUUUUGAUCAUCUGAACCGCUAGGGAAGGCCCCCUAGACCUCCCCAUGACAUAUCCCUUCAGUGUGAUGCUGCCUCCCCAGGCUCUCCAUUUCAUGGGGUAGGGGCUGUGUGUUUUCAAAGUUCAUUCCAGAGCAGAGCAUUGGCUAAGGGACCCAACUGUGGUGGCAGGGACCAUUAGGAGGACUCCAUGACCAACCGAGAGGACAGCUGCUGGGACCAAGAUGGUGACCAUGGACAUUCAGAGAAGAGAGUUCUUUUGACUUGAGGACUAAAAGGAGUUAUCCAGGCAAAGCAGGAGGGAGAAGGACCCUGCAGGGGUAACUGGGGCUCUUCUGAGGGCCAGAAGGAAAUUCACUGGCUAGAGUGUACCAACGUUCAGGUGACAAUUUUUUCACCUUAAAAAUGGCUUAGGAUGAAGAUGUCACAUUUCACCCUCAAGAUGGGUCUUAUGUUACUGAUAAAGAAACCAAGGACAGCUAAAGUAGCUGGCACGGGGAUCAGGAUUACAGCCUGGUUUGCCCAGAGACAUCCACAUCCCAUGCUCUUAACCUGGGACUGGAGAGGUGCCCAAACAGAACACUGGGCCAAGUGGUGGAGGUUACAGAGUUUGAGGCCCAUAGCAUCUAACGCAGAAGUCAAAGGAGCAAACGACUCUGACGCUAAACUCACCUAAGCCCAUGGCUGGCUGUGGUCCACUGGGGAAGGAAGAGGUGGGGAAAUCCCAGGCCAAGGGAGAGCCCCACCCACAGGCAGAGCCUGGCACCUCAGCCACCAAGUCAGCAGGGCACUUUCUCAGCUGCACAGGGGUGAGCACAGCUUCCUGCUGGCAAAUUUGGGACCAAAAGGACAAUCUUGUUUAUGUCUCCAUGUUGUUCUCUGAUCGAUGUAUAGUUGAUUUAAAGUGUUGUGUUGGUUUCCACUGUAUAACAUAAUGAUUUAGUUAUACAU